AAAUCGAUAUCAAACUUCUAACAAAAAUGCUCACAAAUGUCCGACUUUUAGAAACUGAGCAAUACUUUGCCGAAGGCGGCUAGCUUAUAUACCAUUAGAUGCAGUUUUUCAUGCUGAUUCCGAAUAUAACCUUAUUUUCAAGCAACAGUACUUUCUCAAGGGAGAAAGCUGCGAAAUACUCCAAAAUCCUUAGGGUUUUUAGAAAGCCUGGAACGAAGUACCUGGACAUAAGAAGUGGACUGGAACGAAGCACCCUUAGACUUGCGAAACUUUGCGAAUUCAGUGUAGAUAGAGCAAGUGUAGACGAACAUUUUGAGCUAUUUUUGAUGUCGAUAGCUAGUGAGAGGACUUGAGCGACUGCAUUUUUGUGAGAACACCUUUUUUAUCUGACGGGUUUCUGGAAAGAUCUUCGCGCCUUCACAAAAAUUUAAUGUACUAGUCAAAAUGUUUUUUUAGGUCUAGAAAGCGCAACACCUGACGAUUUUAAAAAUGUGAUUUUUGUUUGAAAAAAUUUAGCCUUUGAUGGAGAAAAUGCAAUUUUAAGUACCAACGGGCUAAUUCUAAUGGUAAUUUUGUAAUCCAGUUUUCUCAGCUUUGGAAGGAGCUAGAACAAAAUUUUUUUUAUCAUUAAAUAGGGAAUUGUUUAUACUAUAUACACCACUAUUCAAAACAAAAAUAUUCGCACCUACGAUUUUUUCAGAAAACGCAGCCUAAAUGUCCAAUGUGCGAUUUGUGAGGUUUUUAGAAGAGCAAACAACUAUAUUAGAGUCAAGCUCUGAUUGCGGUCGUCAUGUAUACUGUCAUCUUUACGACAACGAAUGCACUUAGCAAUCAAAUCUGUUUAUUGAUUAAUAUUAAUUAGUUUCCGUAAAUUUUUCCCAAAUUCUUGUAAAUCUUAAUCAACUAAUAGAUUAAAAAAUAGUCGAGAAAAUUGUUAUGAAUUAUUAUGAAUGCUGAGAGUAAGUAAAUGUUUUUCUCAGUCAGCUAGUGAUCGUAAGCCGAAACGAAAAAAUUCCUUUUGUUCCGCAGGAAUUUUGAUUUUCCUUCGUAAAAAAACCACGGCUGAUGCCAUAGUUAAUUAAAAGUUGUUAGCAAAACAAAAAUUAGGAAGAAUUGUCAAUUUGUUUAUGAAGCGCACAAUCCAUUUUUUACAUGCUUGCUGAUGUAAAGAGAAGAACUCGAUAUAUUUAUAUUUGUUCUAUAAGAGUUUAAAACUUUGAAACCAAGAUUGUGCUUUUUCCAACAAUCCAAAGAAGACAUUAUCUCAACUAAAGGCUUCUAAUGGUAUGCUAAGACAGUUUUCGAAAUGAUGAGCUUAAUACUAUAUGAGGAGUACAUUCAGUUUUAGUAUAUUUUUGCUAAAUAGCAAAUGCGGUAUAAUAGCAGUAUCCAUGACUAAGAAAAGAUUUGUUUUUUAUAUUUCUGUGAAAAUAGCAUCUGUUUUUUACAGAUACUCAAGAGUAACAUGGCUGCGCCUCCAUCCUCUACAAACAACUUUUUGGUACUCAGUGUCCGAUUUAUGGUCCGUCUUCCUGUUGCAAGCGAAGAGAACCAAGAUGAACUCAAGACAAAAGCAGAUCUCAUUAAUUUACUCAAUAAAUUUGGGUCAGAAAUUCUAUCACUAUCGUCAGAAAACGCAGAUAUUAAUAUUCCAUAGUCUUUCAUAAACGAAGAAACAGAUCUCAUUAAAGCGUUAUCAAAAUCAGACGAGACAAGUGAUCGCACCAAAAGCAAAACAGAAGUUCCGCUAGAAGUAAAAUUAAAACGAGCUCUCCAAAAUUUAACAUAUUCUCGUUCUCCUAAGUUACGUUAUUUGAAACAAAAAGUCAAAGUCAAAACGCAAGAAAGCAAUGAACAUGAAGUAAUUGUUUGUUCACCGACGGGGGGUCUAUCAAAAGCUGACAUGGAAUUAGCCCCAAUUAAUUCUUCAAUUGUUCAUGCUGUUUUAGAAGUAAAACGUACGAUCACUUCAGCAACAAUUAAAACAGCAAAUUCAGAGUUCCAACGCAUUAAAAUUCUAUCACCAGAUAUACCAAGAUUUUUAUUUGCAUAUCAGGCUUAUCAAAACGGAAAUGCCACGCGAAACAAUUUUAAAGUGGCUACAAGCAAACCACAAUAUUGA